UCAGUUCACCCAGCCCGUCCUAGCCAUUUCAACCAACCAGAAAAGAGAAGUUACAACUUUUUAAUACCAAUAAUCCCUUCCUUUUUCCCAUUAAUUACACCUCUUACCCUCUUCUAGCCCGUUCUUUACUACUGGCUUAGUACUAGUCCACACCAAGCUUGCAGAAAACCUUUCACUUCCCUCCCCACUCUCUCUCUCUCUCUCUCUCUCUCUCUGCUUCUCGCAGAGCAAACAAUGGCGAGACGAACAUGCUUAAUCCCGCAUAUUUUACUCUCUUUUCUUUUCUUCUUUCUGGUCCAAGCUACUCCAAACCCAGAUUUGAAACCAUUAAUGGACUUCAAGUCAGCUUCAGACAAAGCCAACAAGCUAUCUUCAUGGAACUCAACCACUGACCUAUGCACCUGGGUCGGAGUCACCUGUCUCAAAAGCCGAGUCUCUCGACUCGUCCUGGAAAACCUAGACCUAACCGGCUCCUUCGAACCCCUCACUUCACUCACCCAACUCCGUGUCCUCAGUCUCAAACAAAACCGUCUCUCAGGUCCGGUUCCCAACCUCUCCAACCUCACUGCUCUCAAGCUCCUCUUUUUAUCCCACAAUGAGUUCACCGGUGAGUUCCCAGCUUCGGUUCAGUCGCUGUUUCGGUUGUACCGUCUCGAUCUAUCAUUUAACAACUUCACCGGUGAGAUUCCCGUUACAGUCAACCGUUUGACCCAUCUUUUAACGCUCCGGCUUGAGGAGAACCUGUUUUCUGGACAAGUUUCUGGUUUAAAUCUUCCGAAUCUCCAGGAUUUUAACGUUUCUGGUAACAGGCUUUCUGGUGAAAUACCCGAGUCUUUGUCGAGUUUUCCAGAAUCGGCUUUUGGUUCAAAUGCAGCUCUUUGCGGAGCCCCGAUGGAGAAAUGUAAGAGCAUUGGGAUAGACCCGACAAAACCCGGAUCUGGCGGAGCGUUGGCGUCGCCGUUAAUGCCGGGUCGAAACCCAACUGUUGUAGCUUCAUCCCCAAGCUCAUUGCCCGGCACUGGAAACCCUUACAAAACCCCAAAUUCCCAACGUCACAGUGCAGCCAAAAUAAGCCCAUUGGCUUUAAUAGCAAUCAUUUUAGGCGAUGUUUUGGUUCUCGCUUUGGUCUCUCUCUUGCUUUAUUGUUACUUCUGGCGAAACUACGUAGCCAAAAUGAGAGACGGGAAGGGCUCCAAGGUUCUAGAAGGAGAGAAGAUUGUUUACUCUUCGAGCCCUUAUCCAGCACAGCCAGGUUUCGAGAGGGGAAGAAUGGUGUUUUUCGAAGGGGUUAAGCGGUUUGAGCUGGAGGAUUUGCUGAGGGCUUCCGCGGAGAUGUUGGGAAAAGGUGGGUUCGGGACGGCGUAUAAAGCGGUUUUGGAUGAUGGAAACGUGGUGGCUGUGAAGAGAUUGAAAGAUGCAAAUGUGGGUGGGAAGAGAGAAUUUGAGCAACAAAUGGAAGUUUUGGGAAGGUUGAGGCAUCCCAAUCUGGUUAGCUUGAAGGCUUACUAUUUUGCCAGGGAGGAAAAGUUGUUGGUCUAUGACUACAUGCCCAAUGGCAGCUUGUUUUGGCUACUGCAUGGCAACCGAGGACCUGGGAGGACUCCGUUGGACUGGACCACAAGGCUCAAAAUAGCAGCAGGAGCAGCUCGUGGCUUAGCUUUUAUUCACAAUACCUGCAAGACUCUUAAACUCACCCAUGGCAACGUCAAAUCCACAAACGUCCUCCUUGACAAAACAGGAAAUGCGCGCGUCUCAGACUUUGGUCUCUCCAUCUUCGCAUCACCCACUAACAAUGCCCCAAGAUCAAAUGGCUACCGUGCCCCGGAGUUAUCAUCAGAUGGUCGAAAACCCACUCAGAAAUCUGACGUCUACUCCUUUGGCGUGUUGCUACUUGAGAUACUGACAGGGAAGUGCCCUUCCAUAGUGGAUAAUGGUGGGCCAGGGUAUGGCUACGGUGGGGCCGUCGAUUUGCCCAGGUGGGUCCAAUCUGUGGUGAGGGAAGAGUGGACGGCUGAGGUUUUCGAUUUGGAGCUGAUGAGGUACAAGGACAUCGAGGAGGAAAUGGUUGGGCUAUUGCAGAUUGCCAUGGCUUGUACCUCUGCCUCACCCGAUCAACGGCCCAAAAUAAGCCACGUGGUGAAGAUGAUUGAGGAGAUACGUGGGGUAGAAGUGUCACCGUGUCAUGAGGGACUUGACUCGGUGUCCGACUCACCAUGCUUGUCUGAAGACACAUGCGGGGCAGGAAGCCAGUGAUGUGUGAGUUUCCUUGAUGUUUCCCAUUAGUUGUUAGGAAAUCAUUGAAAAGUUGAUGUAAAUCACGGUUUUGUUCUUUAUCUUGCAUUUUAAUGUCAGUUUCCAUUUGUCAAUUUUGUGCUAAGAAUAUGAUCUCUACA